CGGAAUCGAGUCCCAAAAAUGCAGUUGGAACCAAGGCUAAAGAAGAGCCAAAGAAAGAAUCGACUCCUAAAAAUGCCGAUUCACCUAAGGUUAAAGCAGAGCCAAAAGGAGAAUCGAAUCUAACAAAUUUAGUUCAAUCCAAGGCUAAAGAAGAAGUGAAAGGAAAAGCGAGUCCAAAAAAUUUAGUUCUUCCUAGACUGAAACAGCUCGCUGAUAAAUUGGGUCCCGUAAAUAAUACAGUUCAACCCAGGGCGGGAUGCAGUUUUUUUAAUAUUGAUCCUUAUAUUGACCCCGGUCAGUACUUUAUGAUAAAACACGUAUCAUCAGGGUUGGUAUUGGACGCCAGAAGUUUUGAAGUUCAAAUGCAGGUACCUACACGAUCUAAAACUCAGUUAUGGAAACAACAAACGGCUGGACUUGGAAAGUUUUAUUUAGUUAAUCGUGCCAACGGAAAAGUUUUGGAUAUCAAUGAUGAAGGUAAACCUAACAAUAAACUAAUCACCUUCCCAAAACAUGGUGGACCGAAUCAGCAAUGGUUUAACAACUUCGGCCAACUUGCCAGUGACUAUAAAAAUGUUAUUAUUGCUGCUCAAGAUAAGGAUGUAAAAGCAGUUUCUAACUAUGGAACCUCUAACGAAAUGUUCACUUUUGUACUUGUUUGUUCAAAAUAAUAAUAUUAUUAAUUAUUAUAAUAAAUAUUA